AUCUAGAGAUUGGGUUAGAAGUCUUCAUAUUAAUGAUGAUAUCUUUAAUAAUACUCCAACCCGAUUGAUAGGUAUGUCUCCUAAUGAAGCUGUGGAAAAGGCAUUAAAAGGGAAAAGGAUAAUUGCAAAACCAGCUAUAAAACAUAGGAGACCUAUUGGAUAUGAUGAACCUUGUUUAUCCUAUUAUGAC